ACUUCAUCAUCAGGGACCAAAAACUCCCCCAAUCACACACUUUAUGACAAUCAACGGAGAGUGGAGAGGAAAACCAUUAACAGUAGUGAAAACUCCAGACAUCUUCAGUCUGACUGUGGAGAAGCUGAGAAGAGAGGUGAAGAGCUGUGAGACUCUUUGUCAUCCUGGACCAAAUGUUCUGCUGCUGUUAGUGAAGCCUUCUGAUUUCACUGAGGAGAACAGACAAACACUGAAGUUCAUCCUGAGUUUGUUUGGUCAAGAUGCUUUUAAACACUCAAUGGUCAUCAGCACACAUGAUGGAACAAGUAGCUCUGUCAGUCAGCUGCUUCAAGACUGUGGAGGAAGACACUACAGGAUGGUAGAAGAAGACCAUGGACAGCUGAUGGAGAAGAUUGAGAACAUUGUGCAUGAAAACAGAGGAACCUUCCUCACCUUCACUGAAGAGACCAUCAGACCAAAGUCUGAACACAUCAAACCAGCUUUAAACCUGGUUCUGUGUGGGAGGAGAGGAGCAGCUAAGACUUCAGCAGCCAAGGCCAUUUUAGGUCAGACAGAGUUUCAUUCAGUCUCCAACUCAUCAGAGUGUGUUAAACAUCAGGGAGAGGUGUGUGGACGUUGGGUUUCCCUGGUGGAGCUGCCUGCCUUGUAUGGAAAACCUCAGGAGGCAGUGAUGGAGGAAUCACUCAGGUGUAUCUCCCUCUGUGAUCCUGAGGGCGUCCAUGUCUUCAUCCUGGUCCUACCUGUGGGUCCCCUCACUGAUGAAGACAAGGGAGAGUUAAAGACCAUCCAGAACACAUUCGGCUCUCGAGUCGAUGACUUCACCAUGAUUCUGUUGACUGUGGAGUCAGAUCCUGCAGCUCCAGCUGUUGUUAACUUUGUAAAGGAAAACAAGGACAUCCAGGAGCUCCGUCAGAGCUGUGGAGGAAGAUAUGUUGUUCUCAACAUCAAGGACAAGCAGCAGAUCCCAGAGCUGCUGGACAUGGUGGAAAAGAUGAGACAAUCUGAAAAUAAACCAUCCUGCUAUACAGCUGUAACAUUUGCACGUGCACAAAUGGAAAAGGUCAUACAACUAGAGAGGAUAAUAAAGAAGAACAAGAUCACUUGUGAUGAUGAGGAGCAGAGCCCAGAGAGUCUCAGGAUUGUGCUGAUAGGGAAGACUGGCUGUGGAAAGAGCUCUACAGGAAACACCAUUCUAGGAAGAGACGAGUUUAAAGCUGAAUCAAGACAAACAUCAGUCACCAAACUUUGUCAGAAAGCACAGAGUGAAGUGGACGGUCGUCCGGUCGUUGUGGUCGACACUCCUGGUCUGUUUGACACAACUUUGUCCCAUGAAGAGGUUUAUGAGGAGAUGGUGAAAUGCAUCAGUCUUCUGGCUCCAGGACCACAUGUCUUCCUGUUGGUGUUACAGAUCGGGAGAUUUACAGAAGAGGAGAAGGAGACAUUAAAACUCAUCAAGAAAGCCUUUGGGAAGAAUGCUGAAAAGUUCACCAUCAUUCUUUUAACUGGAGGAGAUAAACUAAAGCGUGAGAAGCGAACCAUUGAAGAAUACAUUGAAAAUAGAUGUGAUGAUUCCUUUAAGAAGCUGAUCUCUGACUGUGGAGGAAGAUACCAUGUGUUUGAUAACUAUGAUGAAGAAAACCGCACACAAGUCAGUGAGCUGAUAACCAAGAUUGACACCAUGGUGAAGGAAAAUGGAGGCAGCUGCUACACCAAUGAGAUGCUGCAAGAGGCCGAGGCAGCUAUAAAGAAAGAAAUGGAGAGAAUCCUGAAGGAGAAGGAAGAAGAGAUGAAGAGAGAGAGGGAGGAGCUUCAAAGAAAACAUGAGGAGGAAAUGGAAGAGAUGAAAAGAAGAAUGGAAGAACAGAGAGCAGAAACUGAAAAGGAGAGAAAACUGAGAGAAAAACAACUUAAAGAAAAGGAGGAGAAGAUAAAGAAGGAACGUGAGGAGAGAAACAAAGAACAGGAAAUGAGAGAAGAAGAAGACAGGAAGAGAAAACAACAGGAAGAAAUUCAACGACAGGAGUGGAAACGAAAGUUUGAAGCUUUGGAGCAAAAUAUAAGAUCAGAAUCAGAAUCAAAGGAAAUGAUUUACAGAAAGCUGAAGGAGAGCAGAGAAGAGAUGAGAAAAGAACGAGAGAACUGGGAGAAAACACAAAAAGAAUGGUGGGAAAAACGAUGUCAAGAAAACGAAGAGAGACGACAGGAGGAACAAAGAAGACUUAGAAAGCUUCAAGAAGAAUACAAACAGGAAAGAGAAAAUGAUGAAAAGAAAAGAAAGGAAGAGGACAGAAUCAGAAGAGAAAGAGAGGAAAAAGAGAAAGAAGACAUUGAGGAGAAACAUAAGGAGAAAAUGGAGAAUCUGAAAAAGAUAUAUGAAGAGAUGGCCAGACAGAAAGCUGAAGAGUUUAAUGAAUUCAAAGAGAAACACAAGAAGGAGUUUGAAGCUCUGAUCAAACAACUGGAAUAUGCCACAAGAUCAUGGUGUCCCAUUUUUUAAGGAUCUGUUUCACGUAAACGUCUCAUCAACAGAACAGUUUCAGACGUUCUUCCUUUUUUCUGUUUUCAUUUGUUUCAAUAACGGAAACUUUAAAGAAGCGGAGAUCUCAUUGUAAUAUUUAGCAGUGUACGACACUGUGAUGCAGACCAUGGCCACAGACUUCUCAUUGGCUGUCAGGUGUCUGUCUAAAUCAGCAGCCUAUAAUAUUAAACUACAGGCAACCAUAGCAACAGUACUGAAACUAAAACCUCCUGCAGAAAUCUCAGACUUGUUACACACACAGAAAUUAAGAUAUAAUUAAGUGUAGCCUAUAUUAAAAUAUGGUACGAUAUCAAAUUAAGUAGGCUAUAACACAAUAUAUACAGUUAUUUAUAUACAUAUAUAGACGGACACAUAUACACCCAGAACAUUCUGCAGCGCAUUUUUUGAAUUUGCAUGUGGGGUGAAUGUAAACAGCAGCAACCAGAUGAUAAUAUGGUAGAGUCCAUCUUGACUGUGCACCAAACAUCAUCGAUGUAGAACACAGUGAAACACAGUCUGUCUCCUCUCGUCUUGCGCUGACAGCUCGGUACACGAACCGCCCACCAAGAGUUUGAUCGUGGAUGUUGAUGGCGCAGGUCUCUGUAAAGAUGUGGGCACAACCCCCCACUUUUCUCCGGCGAUUUCGGAGUUGGCUCAUAGCCGAGGCGGUUUACUAUGAGUGACUGGUCAAUCGAUCACACACUCAGACAUAGGCUCAAUAAACGGUUGAAACACGGAUAAAAAUGAUGUAGGCCUAUAGAAAACAUGCAACAGAAGACAAAGGUGGUGCUGAAAAGUUAAGGGAGAAAAAAAGAGGCAGGUGCUGCAAAACGCCUCAAUAUUCGGCUACAGACUUUUCUUUUGUGCUGCUGUUACUUACAGCCUACUUGAAGACAGUACUAAGGACGCCAGCAGCAGGGUGGCUCAUAACUUGUCACAAGUAGCCUAACGCAAAUUUGCUAAAUAAAUAAAAUAAGUCAUGAGCCGUCAUCCAGGCUGUGCGCCGUUACGCAGAAGAGCCCUGGGGUCGGGCGCUUGUCAAAGAUUUAGAAAAUCAGGCAAACACCUUUUCUGUUUAAGGCUUUAUCGUUCUACUAAUACAACUGAAAUCUAGUGAGCGCACUCUAUGGCACUGGUGGCCGUGUUGGAACUUGCCGUGCUUUAACAAGCCACUUUCCAUUAACGGCGCAUUAAAAGCGUAUUUAGUCUCUGCAAAGCAAACGUAGACUUCGGGCUGUAACAUCUAAGUCAGAUGAUCACUGGAUUGAUUCCGAUAUAUUAACAGUAUCCUGUUGUUGAAAAGAGCAUCGCUUUCUUUUGUUCUUUCACAUCGAUUACUAUUUGUUUUAUAGUGAAGUCUGACGUCCAUAAACAGAAUGUUGCUGGUGAAACUGAUC